CACUGUCAAGAUGAUCAUCUUAUGGAUUACAUUGUUUUUAAUUCACCAAGGAUAUACUGUAGUUCCAGUGAAAACUGUUCAGCUUGGUGAACCAGCGACUAUAACAUGUGCUAUACCCAAAGAGCUCAGCAGUAGAGGAGUCCACUGGUACAAGCAGAGCUUUGGGGGAACUCUGAAGUUAAUAGUGACAGUAUUCAAAUCUACAGAACCUACUUUUGGUCCUGAAUUUACUAGUUUGAAAUUUGACAUAGGUGAUGAUUUUGCCAGCCUGACCAUUUUGAAAGCAGAUCAAGAUGAUGAGGGAAUCUAUCACUGUGCAAACACAGAAAGGAUUGGAGUUAAAUGGAGUGGGACGUAUUUGUUGGUAAAAGGAAACACUCAGAGGACAUCAAACUAUACAGUGAGUCAGCUGCAGAUAGAAUCAAACCCAGUUCGUUCAGGAGACACGAUGACUCUUCAGUGUAAAGUCUUCUCUGACUCUGACAACCAGACAUGUCCAGGAGGUCUCAAUAUUCUCUGGUUUAGAGCUGGAGCAAAUAAUGCUCAUCCAAACAUCAUCUACACUGACACAAACAACUAUAAUGUAUGUGAGAAAAAUUCUGACCCCCAGGAUAGAUGUGUUUAUCGCUUCUCUAAGAAUGUCAGCUCCUCUGAUGCUGGGACCUAUUACUGUGCUGUGGCCACAUGUGGGGAGAUAUUAUUUGGAAAUGGAAUUACACUGGAACUUGAAUCAACCGAGUCAGUAUUCAUUCAGAGCACGAUAUUAAUAGUUUGUUUGGCUGUUUCUGUGAUUGGAAACGCGUUCCUCAUCUUCAACCAACAAGUAUGUAAAUCACAUAGAGGAAAUGAAGGUGCUUUAUCAGAUAUACAAACUGAAACCUCGCACCAACUUACUGAAGAAGCUGAUGAUGAACUAAACUACACUGCACUGAAUUUCUCUGAAAGAAAAACAAGAGGAAAAAGGAAGAGAGAGGGUGAUGAACACAGUGUCUACUCUCAAGUUAAACGCUGAUGCCAGUAACAAUGUCGUGGAAGAUUGCUUUUUUUUGUAUUGAUCACAUGUUUUAACCAUAUAACUUUAGUAAUUGUAGAAUUACAUUUUCACCAGUUGUAUGCAUGUG